CACCUUUUCCUUGGGAACGGACCCCGGUUUUGCGUGCACGCAUCAACCAAAAAAGCAGGCGCAAUCAAGCACAAAAAAAUCCGCCGCAGCCUAAUCAGCCGGCAACGUGACUGCAGCAGCCGCCUACAUAAACCUCGCACCCCCCACCUCCUCCUUCCCUUUUUCAUAACACACCUUCACACUACACACCCACCGCAUUCAAUCAAUCAACUACCCGGCUUUCGCCAUCAACCAACAACCAACAAUCAUCACAGUCAUCAAUUUGACAACCGAACAACACAAUGGCUCGCACUAAGCAGACCGCGCGGAAGUCGACUGGUGGCAAGGCCCCGCGAAAGCAGCUCGCCUCCAAGGCUGCCCGCAAGUCGGCCCCGUCGACUGGCGGUGUCAAGAAGCCCCAUCGUUAUAAGCCCGGUACCGUCGCUCUCCGUGAGAUUCGUCGCUACCAGAAGUCGACUGAGCUCCUGAUUCGAAAGCUCCCCUUCCAGCGCCUGGUUCGUGAGAUUGCUCAGGACUUCAAGUCGGAUCUCCGCUUCCAGUCUUCGGCCAUCGGCGCCCUCCAGGAGUCGGUCGAGUCUUAUCUCGUCUCUCUCUUCGAGGACACCAAUCUGUGCGCCAUCCACGCCAAGCGUGUCACCAUCCAGUCCAAGGACAUUCAGCUCGCCCGCCGCCUGCGCGGAGAGCGCAACUAAGCGAGACCUUGUGCGGGGUUUCCAUUGAUGGGCAUGGCGGGGAGAGGUGCUUGCUAGUUUCGGGGUUGGGAGGAUAAUGACUCUUUUUUCACACGAUGGGACUACUUUGACUUGAAUGACGGAUCAUUCUCAGGUCUACGGGAUAACCACGGCGUUUUCAUGAAACGGGUUUCACUGAUGGCUUGUACAUUACAUGGUGGCAAGGGGAUGCCACCGAUACCAAAUGCCGAAUAACGAUCAUAAACA